UACUACAGAGUCAUGAUCGACGCGACGUGACGAUUAGUUAAUUGUUGAAACAACUAUAAAUAUGAUCGUAAAUAAAUUCAAAGUGAAUUUUGAUAAUUAAUUAUUUAAAAAAAAAAAAUGUUUACAAUUUGUCAAGGACAAUUAUUGCAGUUUUAUGCAACGUUUGCAGCAACAUUUUCAAUAUUCUCAUAUGGCGUUCAACAUGGUUGGACUGCACCUGCCAUAGCAAAAUUACUAUCAAACGAAUCCACAAUACAAAUCACAGAAGCAGAAUCAUCUUGGCUAGCAUCCAUUGAAAUGGUCACAUUAGCAAUAUCGUCCAUAAUAUGUGUGAACAUCUCAAAAUACAUAAGUGCAAGAACUGUGUGUAUCUUGCAAGUGAUUCCUUCGAUAACUGGAUGGCUUCUAAUUGCUUUUGGAACUAACGUUUAUUAUUUUUACAUAUCACGUGUGCUGGUUGGAUUCGUAGACGUUUUCGAUUUUCUAUCAAUACCAGUUUAUUUAAGUGAAAUAUCAAAUCCAAAUAUUCGUGGAGCAUUAAUGUGCGUGAUUCCUUUAAUGUGUUGUGCUGGCUCCAUUUAUUCUUAUUUUUUCGGAUACUUAUUAUCAAUACAAACAUUUGCUUUAAUUUCUUUAUCAAUACCGUUAAUUAACGCGUUACUAAUGAUUAAACUACCAGAAAGUCCUUACUACUUAAUUUUUCAAAAUCGUUUCGAUGAGGGCAAACAAGUUCUUCAACAAUUACGUGGUAAAGAAAAUAUUGAUAUUGAGUUUGAGAUUAUCAAACGUAAUUUAGAUGAGCAAAAAUCUCAUGAGAUUAGUUGGCAUAAAUUAUUUACGAAUUCAUUAAAUCGUAGUGCAUUGAUCAUUAUUAUUUCUGUUACAAUGAUUCAACAAAUUUCUGGUGGACAAACCAUUGGAUCUUAUCUACAUUUAAUUUUAGAAGAAACUAAUUUGGAUAUUAAUAUUGAAGUGACAGCAACAAUUUUUCCAUUCGUACAAUUAUUUACAUCGAUUGUAUCAGUUUUUAUUAUUGAUAAAGUUGGGCGCCGAAAACUAUUGUUAUUUUCGUGUUUUGGAUGUAUACUGACGUUAAUCUCUUUGGGAAUAUAUUUUUAUUUUGAAAAGAAUCGAGAGCAACUUUAUUGGAUACCAUUACCAAGUAUCUACCUGUAUUCGUUCUUUUUCAAUUCGGGAUUAGCAGAUAUUGGUUUAAUUCUAUCAGGUGAACUCUUUCCCACUUAUAUUAAAACAUAUGGGGCCGCUAUGGGUUGUUUAACGUAUGGAUUAUUUGGAUUCAUUGCAAAUAAAUUGUAUCAAACAAUGGUCGAUCUUGUUGGAUUAUAUUUUGUAUUUUGGUUUUAUAGUGGUGCCACUCUUUUAGGUGUAUGUUAUAUUUAUUUCGUUUUACCAGAAACAAAUUGUAAAUCUUUAAGUGAAAUUCAAGUAAUGAUGAAUAAAAGUACAUCCAAAAAUAAAAACAUUGCAUUAGAUGGUUUAGGUGUGAACACUAUAAGCUCUAAGUUAUAGGUAUUGUGCAAUAACUAAAGGUAGGGCCCAAUCUAGGUAUUUUGACGCUCCGGGUAAAAAAAAUAUUC